AUGGCGCAGUGGAUUCCGAAAACUGCGUGGACGGUGUCAAACCUCAACAAACGAUAUGGCGUGCAGUACGUGACGAAAGGGUACGCAUCACUAGACCCAAAGUGUAAUCUGGAUGCCUAUACGUCGUUGCAGCAUACAGUGACAUCGUCAUAUCUGAAGAAGGCGCUGCUGUCUAUUAGCUGCACCUCCCCAGGCGCCCUCGUUAUCGACGUUCGCAGCGAGCCAGAGAGGCAGUUGCGGCCACUUAAGUUCUCUGCAAUAGUAGCGCUACAUCCGCACGAUAUCUUGUCGGGUGCAGCGUGCCCCAUUCUGCCAUCGAACAAGGAAAAGGCAGAGAUAUUUGUAAUGGCCUCGGAGGCGCAGCGUGCAGUGAACACUUGCACUGCGCUGCGGCGGUGGGGUUUCUCCAGCGUGUCUGUGGUCAGCGUCGACGCUGUGUCGGCGGUGAUUGCAGUGGCGCAGAAGUCGGCGGGCACAGCUAAGACGAGCUCUACCGAAAACUGA